GUGACUGUUGGUACAGCAGGUGUGUCAAAGCAGCUGUGAGCUGUGCAAGAUUUUGUGCAAAGAUGGGUCGACGUCGCAAGGCCGUUGCUAGGAGCAACCGAGAAGGACGGCAACCGGAUAUUGCCAAGAGGCAUGGAGUGGUGAGCACCUUAAAGAGAUCAGCGGCAGCUCAGCAAGAAGAUGUCUUCACACCUGAUAAGUCUCUGGCCAGGAGGUCAGAAAAGAUGGACGUGAGGACUCGUGAGAUGAUAGUAGGUGGUAUCCCGCUGUCUGUGGAACUGGAUUGUCGCCAGGCUGUAUCCAGAGUCAUGCCGGACAUACUACCCUUUUUGAAGACCCCACCAGAGACUGGUUAGACCACUAUGAUUCCGCCUGGAGAAUGCAUGUACGCGGGGAGAAAAAGAAGGAAACCCGUACAAAAACAGAGACCAUCAUCAGGGAGUGAAAAAUCGAACCCUUCAAAAAGACACAGAGAUCGACUAAAUGCAGAAUUAGACCGACUGGCCAGCCUGCUGCCUUUCCCUCCAGAAAUUAUUACAAAGCUGGAUAAACUUUCCAUACUUCGUCUCAGUGUCAGCUACUUACGUGUGAAAAGCUUCUUCCAAGCAAUUGAGGAACAGCACUCCAAGAAGCAACCAUGCCAGCCGGUCGGUCACGCAAUAAAAGGAGACAACCCAUCCGGAGGGAUUGCCAUGCCAGAAGGAGACUUGCUACUAGAGUCACUGAAUGGAUUUGCUCUCGUUGUGAGUACAGAAGGGAUGAUAUUUUAUGCUUCGUCAACUAUACUAGACUACCUGGGCUUCCAUCAGACUGACGUCAUGCAUCAAAAUGUCUAUGAUUACAUCCAUGUGGAUGAUCGGCAAGAAUUCUGCAGGCAACUUCACUGGGCUAUGAAUCCUGAACAGAUGGUGCUUGCACAGGAGUCUCAAACAGAAACAGGAGAAGAAGUCUUCCUCAAAAAACUAUACAAAACACAAGAGUCCAGCAACUCAGAAUACUCCUCGUUUCUCAACCGAUGUUUCAUCUGCCGUGUCCGAUGCCUUUUGGAUAGCACUUCUGGAUUUCUGACAAUGCAGUUUGAAGGUAAGCUGAAGUUCCUCUUUGGCCAGAAGAAGAAAUCAUCUCCAGGAACAAGUGUCCUUCCACAGAUGGCAUUGUUCUGCAUAGCCGUGCCACUUCUGCUUCCUCCUAUCGCUGAGAUGAAAAUGAAGAGCAUGCUUGUGAGGACACAGAAAAAACCUGGUGCGCCUUCCAACACCGAAAACACAGGAAAAGCAUUCCCGACCAGUGAAGGGGAAAAUAAUGGAAGGAAUAGCCACCAGGGACAGUGCUUUACAAAUAUGUUACACAAUACAGAAAACCAAAUAAAAUUAAUGAAUACUGUUGACAGUGGAAUUUCAUUAUUGAAAGUCAGAACAAAUGAAGACCAGUGGGUGUGGGUUGAGGCAAACGCUCCAAUACUGUACAGAAAUGGAUGUUCAGACUACGUAGUUGUCCCACCACAAGCUCAGAGGGAUGAGGAGGCCCAAAUUAAAAAACAGAACAUGCUUGGUAUGAAAGGAAACAGGGAAGUUCCUGCAUGUAAUGGUUCAAGUGAAUCACCAGCACUGUUGAAGCAGCAUUUGACAUGGGGAAAACAUGAGAAGGAAGAUAUGGAGAUUAAGUUUCACACAACCAAGACUGAUUCGUUUGUGCAUGAGGAAACCUACUUACCUAAGUAUUUUUCUAACGUGCAAAAUCACUGUAACAACAGCAGUGGAUGGACAGUAAAGAAUCCUGUUGGGUCUAGGUCUGGACACCAGUUGUUAGGCACAUUCUCAAGCAGAUCAGGGAGGCCCAUUUACAACACGGACCAAAGUCAUCCCGGAAUGCAUCUGACAGGUCGUCCCCAUCGUGGUGGUAUUGAGAACUUUCCGGCAUAUCAUGGUCUGCAGCAUCAUUCUGUAGAUUCUUACCCUACAGAUAACAUCAAAAUGGAAAAUGCUUUUGUAACUCAAGAUGUCUUAUAUGACUCAGGUUUGCCUUUGAACAUCCCGAUUAAAACUGAAAAUGACUCUGAUUCUGAGGGCAGAUCUGACCCUUACCCAAAGUCACAUGGUCACGGAUGGGUGAGUGAGAGUAAUGUCCUAAAGAAAACCUUGAUGGACUUCCCUGAAGGGCUUCAUCUUAAGACUGAAUCGAGCCUCAGUGUACAAAAUUCAUGUCUGAAACCAAAGCAUCAUAUAUAUCCAACUCAUAGGGGACAUUGUUUUGUUCCAACUGCACAUAUGAACCAUAUAAACACAACCGGACCUUUUAAAGGUGUGUACAAUAAGGAUCCAACGCGAUUUUAUCCUCAAAAGUGCAACUACCUAGACAGUGUACUGAGCCAGGAGGGGGCAGAUUGUUUAAGUAGUCCACUUUAUGCAGCAGAUGAUAAGAAUCAGGCUGACCAAUUUUAUAAGCUGCAAUGUGAGUUUAAAGCUCAUAAUAUUGUUCAAAAUAUCAAGCGUGAGCCCCUGGACUCGCCUCCAUGGGUUGAGAGUGAUCAGGUACCAGCACUCUACCAAAAAAACACACUGAUGGGUUUUUUACCUGGCCAGAUGCCACACAAUGCAGCUGAAUAUGCAUACAUUCAAUAAGAUUUGCAUUUCUUAUUUGAAUUUUAGAUAAAAUAAUAUAUUGCACUAUUUCAACAUAAGGUCUCUUUUAUAUGUAUAGCUUACACUGUGGUAAAAGUGCGGUCGGUGCUAAAGCCUUAUGUACUAGGCAGAUGUUUGGAAAACUGCUUUUUUUCUCAAGAAAUGCAACUAUUUUUCCCAUGUGUUACCACUAAGGAUAAAAAAAAGUUUUUGCUUCUGUGGAAAAUGAUUUUAUUUUAUGAGAUGUUCACACAUUUUCUAUGUUUUCUAACUCCUCAGACUAUGUGGCAUUCCCUAAAAGGGUGUGUUUUUUAUAAGUCCUUUUUGUUAAAUGAAGGAUGACAGUAUUAACAAUUUGACAUACACUGAUUUUUGCCUUGAUGAAUAUUGGACUGAAUGUAUUGGAUUGGCACCUUAACAAUAAGAAAACUGACAGAAGAAAACCACACAAAUAGUUUUUGCUUUAGACAGCUUUACACUCUGAUCAUUGCUUUAGCUUUUUCCUUUUUUAUACAAAUGUAUUUAUAGAAAAACUGUCAGACCUUUAUUUCCUAUGUUAAAAUUACAAUCAUUUAGCUGAUUGUUAGCUAAAAGCAGGAAAUGUGUCAAU